AUGUCUCAGGUUGCAGCUAUAGAUGAGUACGCUCCCCUGUUCGCGCCCUUUUUCGGUUUUGCAGGAUGUGCGUUUGCCAUGGUUCUAUCGUGUCUCGGUGCGGCAAUAGGGACUGCAAAGUCCGGUAUUGGUAUUGCUGGUAUCGGUACUUUCAAGCCCGAGUUGAUCAUGAAGUCGCUGAUUCCCGUGGUUAUGAGUGGUAUCUUGGCAGUCUACGGACUGGUGGUGGCCGUUUUGAUCGCUGGAGGUUUGUCUCCUAAGGAGGAUUACACGUUGUUCAACGGGUUCAUGCAUAUGAGCUGUGGACUCUGCGUUGGCUUCGCGUGCUUGAGUAGUGGCUACGCCAUCGGAAUUGUGGGCGAUGUUGGUGUGCGUAAGUACAUGCAUCAGCCAAGACUUUUCGUGGGUAUCGUGCUAGUGUUGAUUUUCGCUGAAGUGCUAGGUCUAUACGGCAUGAUCAUCGCCCUAAUUCUUAACACUAGAAGCUCCGGCUGA